UGUCCAAAGGAGUCCUGACCACAGAGAUUCCAGCUGAAGGGGGGACGAUCCAAGGUGAUGGUGAGAGCAGACUGAUAAUGGAGUCUAACAGCCUGGUGAUCCUCAACAACCUGCUGGCUAAAGUGUCAUAUACCAGCACUAUCUACCACAUACUCACUGGAGACCUUGCAUCUUUCCAGUUUGAGAACCAUGAAGCCGUGUUUCCCAUUACCAUCAAACAGCCUCACCUGCCGGUCCUGUACGACAUGGGAACAGAUAUCAGCUCUCACGUCACCAUUGCCACAAAGACAUUCCUGCGCUACAGACAACUCAAGGUGUUGUUGAGUAGCAUCCGGCGUUUCUAUACCAACAUAGAGGUCAUCAUAGCAGAUGACAGCAUAGAACCAGAACACAUUAAUGAAGAACACACCAAGCAAUACAUCAUGCCUCCAGCGCAGGGCUGGUUUGCUGGGAGGAAUUUGGCUGUCUCCCAGGUAACCACCAAAUACUUCCUGUGGGUGGAUGAUGACUUUGUGUUUACGGAGGAGACGAAGAUUGAGAAGCUGGUAGAGGUGAUGGAGGCAGUCCCCGAACUUGACGUGCUUGGCGGGUCAGUACAAGGGAACCGGUUUUACUUCUCUCUUCAAUAUGAGGAAGGAGAGGAAAUGGAGGGCGGCUGCCUGUACAGGAAGUCUAAUGCAAAGUUCCACUCACUUCCUGGGUACCCACAAUGCUCUCUGGCCAGUGGGGUGGUCAACUUCUUCCUGGCUCGUACAGAUGCUGUACAGAGGGUGGGAUUUGACCCCAAGCUCCAGAGGGUAGCACACUCAGAGUUCUUUAUGGAUGGCCUGGGCUCCUUGCUGGUUGCCAGCUGUGACCAUGUGUCCAUUGGCCAUCAGCCCAAAACAGCCAACGAAAAGGAUGCAGCUCGCUACGCCAGCUUCAGAAAUCCUUCACACAGUGACUCAGAGUUCAAACUGCAGCUUCACUUCUUCAAAAACAACCUCAAGUGUAUCCGAUAUGGAUAGAACACAACUGGAAGACAUUGAAGUCACUGGUUGUACCUAUUGACUUUAUUCACAUUAUUUAAUAACCCAUAAAGAACAUUAUGAAUUUGGAAGCUGCUGUAAUAACAAUAUUGUAAUGUAGUACAAUGACAAA